CGCAAUCUCUAGUAUUCUGCUCUCCCAUUGGCUGACGUCCUGACGCCGUGCGUGCGUAGGCGCUUCCUCAACUUGACUAGCAGCCGACAGCAAAAUAGAAGAUGGCUGGUCACCGGUUGGUCCUGGUGUUAGGUGACCUGCACAUCCCCCACCGGUGCAACACGCUUCCAGCCAAGUUCAAGAAGCUGCUGGUCCCGGGGAAGAUCCAGCACAUUCUCUGCACGGGCAACCUCUGCACCAAGGAGAGCUAUGACUACCUGAAAACCCUCGCCGGGGACGUCCACAUAGUCCGGGGAGACUUCGAUGAGAACCUGAACUACCCGGAGCAGAAGGUGGUCACAGUGGGGCAGUUUAAGAUCGGCCUGAUCCACGGGCACCAGGUGAUCCCCUGGGGCGACAUGGCCAGCCUGGCGCUGCUCCAGAGGCAGCUCGACGUCGACAUCCUCAUCUCCGGGCACACGCACAAGUUUGAGGCGUUCGAGAACGAAAACAAGUUCUACAUCAACCCUGGUUCUGCCACUGGAGCAUACAGCGCACUGGAAAGCAACAUCAUCCCCUCUUUUGUAUUAAUGGACAUCCAGGCGUCUACGGUGGUGACGUACGUUUACCAGCUGAUCGGCGACGACGUCAAGGUGGAGAGAAUCGAAUACAAGAAAUCCUAAAGGAGGAGGAAGAGGAGGAGGAGGAGGAGGAGAGGAGGGUUAACAAGGCUCAGUGUAUCGUUUCAUUCCUGUCCACCAGGGGGCAGCAGCUCCCUCAGAGUGUAACAAAGCGUUCUGUAACUCUACAACCACCGUGUAUUAUAUUGUUUAUAUGUCAUCAGCAGUUGCUUGUAUCCGAGCUGUCAUGUGUUAACUGUAGAAAACGCAAUAAUGUCACACGUUUUGCUAUCAAAACAAAUAUUUUGGUGCCAUUGUCUUUUUUCUUUCUUUCUUUUCUUUUUUUUUUUAAAUUCUUACCCCUCAUCGUGUCCUGCGCACACGCGACAGGACUUGGAUCAGCUGUAGUCGGCAUUCUUCCAUUCAUUUGUUCCCCAUAUUAAAGUUAUGAUUUCACUCCA